AUGAGCCAAUGGGGCGGCCACAACGGCGGCCCCGGCCAGUGGCACGACCGCGACGCCUACUACGCCCGCGAUGACCAGCACCACCCGCACACCCACGGCCGCUUGGCGCCGCCCCUCCCGCGCCCGCCCAUGCCCCCGCAGCACUACCCGGGGCACGACGGCCAGACGCACCCCAACCACACCCACCAGCACGCCUCGGACCACAGCCAGCACCCUUCCCACAACCACGCCUACCACAGCCACGGGGCCAACCACGCCCACCACGGCCAGCACUCGCGGCACCAAUCCUCCUCCGGGAGCACCAGACAGCUCGUCCACGCAGAGUCCACGGAAGGUUUCCAUGGUGUAGUGGGGCGUGUUGCGUCCGCCACCGGAGUCGCCCAACAACCUCGCCACCGGAGCCACGACGCCCCUGCAGCAUCCGCCAGAAAGGAGAAUCUCGGCGCACCUUCAGCCUCCGGUUCGGCCGCAGCUGAGCGCAGCUUCUCGAAGGCGAAGAAAUGCAGAGCGGAGAGAAAGCCGGGGUCAGCGAUGGACAAGUUCCUGAAGAAGGUGUCGGCGCCCUUGUGGACGGAGGCCGAGUUCGCGGAGCGCACGGGCGGCUGGCGCGCGCGCGAGCUGGGUCGCGGCGCCUACGGGGUCGCGACGCUGCUCUCGAGCGCAGACCAGACGCUGGUGGUGAAGCGGAUGGAACGGUGCGAGGACUGGACGUUCCGGCGGGAGGUUCGAGCCCUGCUCAAGCUCCGGGGCAAGAAGGGGCUGUAG